AUGCACCGGCACGGGUUCGCCAACGGAUAUGCCGGCUACAGCACAGGCGGACCCGACGUGUUCCACAUCGAGCCUCACAAGUUCCAGCCUCGAUCGCACACCAGCUUGCGCAGACGUAGACAGCUUUUCCUGAAAAUAGGCUUAAUAUCAGCGGUCGUCCUGCUUGCCCUCUCCGUCUUCUCAUCUUCAUUCCGAUCCAACGUCCUUCCCGCGCUGACGCUCGGCCUCUUUUCGUCUACGGCGGAAUUCCAACUCGAGACUGUCCGCUACUACGAUCUGAACAAUGUACAAGGAACGUCUCGGGGAUGGGAGAGAGAGGAGAGGAUUCUACUUUGCGCCCCGCUGCGUGACGCCGCGCCCCAUCUACCAAUGUUCUUCUCGCAUCUCCGGAAUCUGACCUACCCCCACAACUUCAUUGAUCUGGCGUUCUUAGUGGGCGACUCCAAAGAUGAUACGCUCGAGGUGCUUUCUGAACUCUUGGAGGGGCUCCAGGCGCAUGAGGACCCUAGCCAACAAUUCGGAGAGAUUUCAAUCAUGGAGAAGGACUUUGGACAAAAGGUCAACCAAGACGUCGAGAGUAGACACGGUUUCGCGGCGCAAGCAGGACGGAGGAAAUCUAUGGCACAGGCGCGCAAUUGGCUGUUGAGUGCGGCCUUGCGGCCUACUCAUAGCUGGGUGUAUUGGAGAGACGUGGAUGUGGAAACCGCACCUUUCACAAUCCUCGAAGACCUCAUGCGCCAUAACAAAGACAUUAUUGUGCCAAAUGUUUGGCGACCGCUGCCCGAAUGGCUUGGAGGAGAGCAGCCGUAUGAUCUCAACUCUUGGCAAGAGUCGGAAACGGCACUUGCUCUGGCGGAUACGCUUGACGAGGAUGCGGUCAUUGUGGAAGGUUACGCUGAGUAUGCCACUUGGCGCCCGCAUCUUGCCUACUUGCGUGAUCCAUAUGGCGACCCCGACAUGGAAAUGGAGAUCGAUGGUGUUGGAGGUGUUAGCAUCUUGGCCAAAGCGAAGGUCUUCCGUUCAGGUGUUCACUUCCCUGCAUUCAGUUUCGAGAAGCACGCGGAAACUGAGGGCUUUGGAAAGAUGGCAAAGCGCAUGAAGUUUUCCGUAGUCGGUUUACCGCACUACACCAUUUGGCAUCUGUACGAGCCUAGCGUUGAUGACAUCCGUCACAUGGAAGAAAUGGAAAACGAAAGACUCCUCAAAGAAGCCGAAGAAAGGCGAAAGGAGGAACGUCUCCAGAAACUCAAGGAAGACUUUGAAGACCCCAAUGAGCAGUGGGCUAAAGAUAAAUCUGACAUCCGGAACAUGGUUAAGAAGGAAUCCAACGAGGACGAGAAGACCGUACCUAAGGCAGAAAGCGAUGGCAAGAGCGAAGGCGCCGCGGUAGAAAAUAUCCAAGGGAAGGACGAUUCUGAGAAAGCCAAGGAUGCGAAAGCAGCCCAGGUGAAGAACCAUGGGUCAAAUAUCGAGGACACAAAGAAGGCCCACGCCAAACAUAUUGCUGAUGAGGAAGCAAAGAAGGCUGAAAAGGAGCCUGGCAAGAAAGCAAAUUUCCAGGAUGAGCCGUCGGAGAAGACUCAGGCCAAACAGGCCGACUCUGGAGCUGAAGAGAAAUCUUCUCCGACGAAAGAGAAUGACGACGGCGCAGCUAAGAUCGUUGACCCGUUAGACUAG